ACUAAAAUGCUAUCCAGUUAGAUUUCCCCGUCAACGGGUUGUGCCAAAAUUGUGCUCACUGCGCCUUGCUUCCUCUCCACAGAACGAACACGGACGAAAAGAACACCAUGUUAUCCAGAUUUAAAGACGCUACAUUUCAGCAGUGAAAAGAGGAGGGAGAGACGGAGGAGAGUGAACUAACAACAUAGGCUAGAAAGGGACUCGGAGAAGAGAGAAUCCCACCGACCAUCUGCGUGAGGCGAGAGAGAGGAGGAGGAGGCCGAAGGGAGAGCAGCAGCAGACUGCGCUUUGGAAUAACCUACGGUUCCCGUUGAUUUGAAAGGAGCAUUUUGAAUUGUAUUUAUUAUACUGUGAGACGUUUUACUAAAUUCCCACAAAAUGUCAUCUUCUGGCAAAGACAACAGCGCACACUAUAUGAACUAUGUGGGACCUUAUCGUUUGGAAAAGACCCUCGGCAAAGGACAGACAGGCCUGGUGAAGCUGGGAAUCCACUGUGUCACGUGUCAGAAAGUGGCCAUCAAGAUCGUCAACAGGGAGAAACUCAGCGAGUCUGUCCUCAUGAAGGUGGAGCGAGAGAUAGCCAUUCUGAAGCUCAUAGAGCACCCUCACGUUUUAAAGUUGCACGACGUCUACGAGAACAAGAAAUAUUUGUAUCUGGUGCUAGAGCACGUGUCAGGGGGAGAGCUGUUUGACUACCUGGUCAAGAAGGGACGGUUAACACCCAAGGAAGCCAGGAAGUUCUUCAGGCAGAUCAUCUCAGCUCUGGACUUCUGCCACAGUCACUCCAUAUGUCACAGAGAUCUGAAGCCAGAGAACCUGUUGUUAGAUGAGAAGAACAACAUCAGGAUAGCAGACUUUGGCAUGGCGUCUCUGCAGGUCGGGGAUAGUCUGUUGGAGACCAGCUGCGGAUCUCCUCACUAUGCCUGCCCAGAGGUCAUAAGGGGGGAGAAGUACGACGGGAGGAAAGCAGACGUGUGGAGCUGCGGGGUCAUCCUCUUUGCACUUUUAGUGGGCGCCCUGCCAUUUGACGAUGACAACCUGAGAAACCUGCUGGAGAAAGUGAAGUUGGGUGUUUUCCACAUGCCCCACUUCAUCCCCCCAGACUGUCAGAACCUCCUUCGGGGCAUGAUCGAGGUGGAUGCCACUAAGAGACUCACGUUGGAGCAGAUCCAGAAGCACAACUGGUACAUAGCUGGGAAGAACGAGCCUGAGCCGGAGCAGCCUGUCCCCAGGAAGGUGGCCAUCAGAACCCUGAGCACUGAAGAGAUAGACCCGGACGUCCUGGAGAGCAUGCACUCUCUGGGUUGCUUCAGAGACAAGGGCAAACUCACCAAAGACCUGCUCUCUGACGAUGAUAACCAGGAGAAGAUGAUCUACUUCCUGCUACUGGACCGGAAGGAGAGGUACCCCAGUCAGGAGGACCAGAACCUCCCCCCGCGCAGUGAGAUUGCUGACCCACCCAGGAAGCGGGUGGACUCCCCCAUGUUGAACCGCCAUGGGAAGAGGAGGCCGGAGAGGAAGUCUAUGGAGGUGCUUAGCGUCACAGAGGGGGGCUCUCCUGUACCUGUACGACGAGCCAUCGACAUGGCCACACAUGGACAGAGGUCACGGUCUAUCAGCGGAGCGUCCUCCGGUCUCUCCACUAGUCCUCUCAGCAGUCCCAGGCCGGUCCGGCGCUUCUUUAUCCCUCCCCAGUCGCCGGACCUCUGUCAGUCGCCCAACUGUAGCCCCACCCAUUCCCCAGAGUUCCGCCUUAACCAUAACGGGGUAGGGGGGGCCAACCGCGUGCACCCACACCCGCUUCCAAACUCCUACACGCCAAAGAUGGGGUCCCCCCUGAUGCACCCCCGCACACAGACCCUCCCCGCCAAGCCCAAAGUGUCUGAGAAGCCCCUUCAGACCACCAGGUCCAACCCCCUUCCCAACUCAGCUGACAGCCCAACCACCCCCAAGUCGGAGCCCACCUCCCCCUCCUCACCCCUGGGCAGCCCCCCCUACGUCCCCAACAGCCCGCGGCCACGCCGCCACCCGCCCCUCACUGUGCCCCCCAAGCUCUCCAUACCCCUGUCGCCGGCGCCACCCAUGUCCCCCCUCCACCGGCACCGCCUCCACCCUGACCACAACGGUCACAAAUCUGUCCCCACCAUACAGGUGACUCCCCACCCCUCUCCGCGGGGGAGCCCCCUCCCUACCCCCAAGGGCACUCCGGUGCACACGCCAAAGGAGAGCCCGGCGGGCACCCCUAGCCCCACGCCGCCCCCCAGCCCCUCCAUCGGCGGGUUGCCCUGGAGGACGCGUCUCAACUCCAUCAAGAAUAGCUUCCUGGGCUCGCCGCGCUUCCAUCGCAGGAAAAUGCAAGUUCCCACCCAGGAGGACAUGUCCAGCCUCACACCAGACUCUUCACCAGAGCUUGCCAAGAAGUCAUGGUUUGGUAACUUCAUCAACCUGGAGAAAGAGGAGCAGAUCUUUGUGGUGAUCAGAGACAAGCCUCUCAGCUCCAUCAAAGCAGACAUCGUUCACGCCUUCCUCUCUAUCCCCAGUCUGAGCCACAGUGUGAUCAGUCAGACAAGUUUCCGGGCGGAGUAUAAGUCCACAGCCGGCCCUACAGUGUUUCAGAAGCCGGUCAAGUUCCAGGUGGACAUCACCUAUACAGAGAGCACCGCCGCCACCAAAGAGAACGGCAUCUAUUCGGUCACCUUCACCCUGCUCUCAGGUCCCAGCCGCCGUUUCAAGCGUGUGGUUGAGACCAUUCAGGCUCAACUGAUGAGCUCACAUGACCAGCCCGGGGUCCAGCAGAUCUCUGGCAGCCCGUUGAGUAACUUCUUUGACGUAAUUAAACAGCUUUUUUCAGACGAGAAGAACAGCCAGGCGUCGCACAACCCCCCUGGCACGCCCGGCACACCUAGCCCCGCCCCCGCCAAGCAUGCCCCCGGCAGCAGGCGAAACGAGCCAUGUCCCCCACCCACUCAGCCCACUGACUCUAAAUGCCCCCCGCUUCUGGGCAAAGACAAACAAACAAAGAUGGCCGCCACCAGCCGGACUGGGGAACAACCUUAAGACCGGAGAGAAGUAGCUAGCUCUCUGUUGCAUGACUAGAUAAUAACCACCUGUUAUCAGGUCAUUCAAAACCCAAUACAAAACCCACGAGAGUGUGAGAGAUGACAAAUGAAAUGAGAGAUGCUGCUUUCUUUGCUUUUAGUCAGUAGGCUUAGUGUGUUUGUGUCUCGAGAAAAAUCUACUUUUGAUUAUCACAGAGAGAAACUUUUGUACUGUAUAAUAAUGGAAUGACUACUCUUUGAGUUUAGCAAUCGAUCAUUGAUCAGUAUUUGACGAUAUAAGUACCACAUGUAGCCAUGUUCUAUUUUCUGUUCAUCUACCCUCUCGUCCCUUUCCCACGCCGUGGGAUGUGUGUUGGUGUGUAUGUGUCUGCUCUGUGAUGAUGGCUUGACCUUGUCUCUACCACCAGGGAUCAUCACUAAAACCUAUUAGAGAAACAAGAUGGAGGACAGUGUGUGUGUCCCAACCUGGGGCACUUUGUCAACAACGGGAGUAAGUGAGCCAGAGACGGAGGACAAGAGAAAGACUUCACAUACUUCACACUGCUGUCCCCCUCCUCCCCAUGCAACCCCUCCUGCUUUCCACCCGCACACACAAAUACACUAAACAGUAGAGUACUAGAGAAUCUCUCUUCAUCAUGACAGACACCCAGAGACAGAUUAGCCGAAGAGUUGGAGAAAAGCCUUAAAAAGACUGAUGUUUGUCAAACCUAUACUACACGCAUCCCCUCUCCUCCUUUCUCUCCUCAUUGUCUAUCCUCCUACACACACACACACUCACACACACACACACACACACAUACACACUGGGGGGGAUGUAAAGACUUGUGCACAAAGACGAAUGGAAGUAGAACCACUGGCUCCUAUGAAAGUUGGAGAGAGGAGGCGCGACUCUUGGACGUUGGAUGGACGUUGGCUGAACGUUGGCUAAACUUUGGCUGGAUUGUAAUUCUUUUUAAUGUAGUCCUUCUUUGUGAACUACAGGAUUUUAACACUUUAGACGUAUUCAGACUCUGUGUCAUUGCUGUAAAUGAAAUGAAAUUGAGUUAAUUGACUUUGGGUGGGCAAUGGGGAGGGAGGGUACACAAAUGAAUGAUCUAUUCUGUUGUACAGACUAACUACAGUAUGUUCCCAUAUGUACAACGUUUGUGUAGUUGUGACAUUAUGUUUAGCUAAGAACUUAUCACUCUCUUCUGUGUUUUCUACUUUUUGGAUGUGUUUUAUCGAUGAAAUGUUGUAUUUUAUUUUCGGUUACCUUUUGAGGGAUGAAUCAUUUCAGGGGUUAAUUUUCUUCCAUUUUGUUUCGUUCAUGUUCCUUUGAAAUAUCUGCAGGAUUCAGACAAUAGUGGACAUAAUUAUUGUGUAUAUUUGUUUUACCUUAUUGUAUUUUUUUGUCACGUUUGUUUUCAUUUAUUUAUUUAUAUAAACAAUGUAGAAAAUGUAUUAGAUAACUUAUAAGGAUUGUUUUUUGUCAUGUUUCAUUUAUUGAUCGUUGAUCAUUCUCGAAAUGUUUUUGUGAACAUUCAUUCUUUCAUCGAUGGGAAAGCUUGUAAUAUAUACAUUUGGAAAAUGAUUUACGGUAAUUUAAGAAUGUAGACUAGUCUCUUUGAGAGGAACGAACCCUCUGUUGAUAAUAAUUGUGCCGUUCCUUCUCGUUGUGUGUGUACGACAUCAGAGACAUCACUCCAGCCACUCGCCUUGUAAAUACAAAACAAUUUGCUGACAAACUUAUUUUUAAAAAAACAAGGGGACUCCUACUCUUAGCUUUUACCUUGUGAUGUCGUUUGCAUGUCCAACAUGUGUAUUUUCUUUGCAUGUAGUUGUUGGAAUUGUUCUGUCCCUUUCCCCCCUUCUUUCUUUCUUUCUUUCUUUCGUUCUUUCUUUCUUUCUUUCUUUCUUUCUUUCUUUCUUUCCUGUCUCUUAAUUUGUUUCUCUUAUUUUUCUUUUCUCCCUCACCACUUCGUUUGUUUGUUCGUCUUUGAGUUCUUUCCUCGCACCCUCCCCUCCCCUUCCUUAUACUAUUGUGCACAUUUACCGUGCAAUGCAUCCUCUGCACGCACACACACACACACACACACACACAUAGUCUCUCUCAAAGAGAGACCCGAUACUCUGGUCACGAAUUCUGUCUGGGGUGGGAAUUGGUAUCAGAAGAGAUAAAAUAAAGCAAUACCUAUUAGUGUUAUUCUUUCUAUUUUGUACUAUUGGGUAACCAGGCCACACAGGACGAUGGACAUACAGUAGAACACAACGCCAGGAGCGCUGGUAAUUUAGCAGGAAACCACUGGCAAUGUAUCCCCUUGUGACAUAACUGUGAACAACUUCAGUGCAAAAGGAAAUAAAUCUGUCGACUUUGGAA